AUGGUCGUCACCUCGUUGGUGGCUCUAAUCCCUCUAAAAACGGGACAAGAGCACAAUUUGACCAGAAUUACGAGAGAAUUUGACAUCAACUCCGAAAGGGAAAGCCGUCACCUAUCAUUCCGGCUUAAUGAUGGUGUUGAUACUCGUGCCGGAGCUGUGGCAAUUCAAAGCUUCUUUGCGCAUUUGUUAAACAAUAUGCCGAGAGACAAUGCCGGCUUCUUCAAGCGCAUCAUGAGACUCCUCCAAACCGGCUACCAAGAAAUUGAGAGCGUUCAGCUCGAAAUGAAACAAUUAACCGAGCAGGAAUCAAUUCCACUUCCUGAUACCUCGCUAUUCCAUGCAAAUGACGAGGUUUCUGCACCACGUGUUCAAGAGGAGCUCGAACACGCCUUCCCGAACGGCUUGAACAUUGCGGCUUUGGCAAAAAGAUUGAGCAGCUCGGAAGAGACGAUCGAACAAUAUCUCCUAAAACUGGAAGCCGAAGGAAUUGUGGAAAGGAUGGGGGAGGAGUGGUUGAGACGAGACCUCAGGAAUGUGGAUGGAAUUCUAGCUACGCAUAGAGAUCAUCAGACUUCCGGUCAAGCGAAUGCCCCAACGAUAGCCAUCAUCACGCACUUAUUCUCAGAGAAACAGGCAAUAGAUGCGAUUAUCGAGGAGCCACAAGUUAUUCAUAGAUACAAGAGUGGCGGUGACUCAAAUGCAUUCACGAUCGGUCGUAUUGGCAAUCAUCGAGUUGUGGCUGCCAAAUUGGCGGUUAUUGGGGAUUCUAGAGAGGCGGCUACAAGCGCUGGAGGUAUUACGACAAGAUUGCUGGGCUAUUUCCAACACAUUGAGCAUGUCUUUGUGGUUGGAGUUGGUGGUGCGGUACCACAAUUUGUGGAUCCAAAACUGCACGCACGUCUUGGAGAUGUUAUUGUAUCUGCAGAUCGCCCCACAGCUGCCUACGUUUUUGCACACGAGACGAUUAUCGAUCCAUAUACCGAAGAAAUUGUUGGCUUUUCCACCCACAAGCACAACCCCGUCGACGCGAGCAUCGCAAAUAUUGUCGAAAAUGGAGGAGAGGAGCUGCACAAAAACUGGGAGCGCAACACCAGCGAAGCCGUCCGGAAAUUGAAAGAUCAGGCUCAAAAUGAGACCGAUUUCACAAAACCACCCGCGGAUACCGAUGUUUUGAUGUUACACGUUGGCGGUGGGAGCGUGGUCGUGGUUCCGCAUUCAAAUCAACAGCGUCAGUCCUCUCUCUACCAUCUUGGAUCGAUAGGAGGGUUGACAUCAAAGACAAGCGUGAAAGCGGGUGAUGUUGAUGAAUCUACCUCUUUGCUACGAGACCGUUUUGCCGCUGAAUUUAACGUGCGAGCGCUUGAUGCUGGUGUUGAUUCCGUGGUUGCGUCUAUCGAAGGUUCACGCAUCGAUUCCUGGGCAUUAAUUCGUGGGGUAGCUGACUAUCAAAACGGCUAUUCCAAAACCGCCAAAUUGUGGCAGCCCUACGCAGCUGCCAGAGCUGCCGCGAUGGCCCAAACAAUCAUCGAACGGCUU